AAGUUGGCUCGCGCCGGUUGUCGUGCACAUGGCCUGCUGAGCAAAUAUCUAGAUUAUUUGAUAGAAAAGCUGGUCAUAUUAAUUUUCCAUAAAUCUAUUGAAAGGGUAAAGCUUUAAAUGCGGGAUACGGAGAACAUGGCGGCCGAAGCCGAGUUUGAAGAGGGUGAAGAGCUAUCCUUCAGUGACCCAGAGGAUUUUGUGGAUGACAUCAGUGAACAGGAACUGUUGGCUGAUAUUCUGAGGGAGAGGCCCCAAGAGGCGGACGGUAUUGACUCGGUUAUUGUGGUUGACAACGUUCCUCAAGUUGGACCAGAGCGCUUAGAGAAAUUGAAAAAUGUCAUACAUAAAAUUUUCUCAAGAUUUGGCAAGAUUACAAAUGAGUUUUAUCCAGAAGCUGAAGGAAAGACAAAAGGGUACAUUUUUCUGGAGUAUGCAUCGCCAGCUCAUGCUCUGGAAGCAGUGAAAAAUGCAGAUGGCUACAAGCUGGACAAACAGCACACCUUCCGAGUCAAUAUCUUUACAGACUUCGACAAGUACAUGAAUAUCAGUGAUGAAUGGGAAACCCCUGAAAAACAGCCAUUCAAAGACUUUGGGAAUCUACGGUACUGGCUUGAAGAUUCUGACUGCCGUGAUCAGUAUAGUGUGAUUUUUGAAGCUGGUGAAAGGACAGGCAUUUUCUCCAAUGAUGUCAAGGAACCAAUUACGAUCGAGGAGAGAGCUCGCUGGACAGAGACCUAUGUUCGUUGGUCUCCAAAAGGCACUUAUCUGGCUACAUUCCAUCAGAGGGGUAUUGCUUUAUGGGGAGGAGAGAAGUUCAAGCAGAUUCAGAGGUUUAGCCAUCAGGGUGUUCAACUCAUUGACUUCUCACCAUGUGAAAGGUACAUGGUUACAUUCAGUCCUCUAAUGGACACAAAAGAUGACCCCCAAGCUAUUAUCAUCUGGGAUAUUCUGACUGGGCAGAAGAAGAGGGGUUUCCAUUGUGAGAGCUCAGCCCACUGGCCAAUUUUCAAGUGGAGCCAUGAUGGAAAGUUCUUUGCCAGAAUGACACAAGACACACUCAGUAUCUAUGAAACACCUUCCAUGGGGUUGUUGGACAAGAAGAGCUUGAAAAUUGGUGGGAUAAAGGAUUUCUCAUGGUCUCCUGGUGACAAUAUUAUUGCAUUCUGGGUACCAGAAGACAAAGAUAUUCCUGCAAGAGUAACACUUAUGCAGCUGCCAUCCAGGCAGGAGAUCAGAGUUCGAAAUCUGUUCAAUGUAGUUGAUUGUAAACUGCACUGGCAGAAGAAUGGAGAUUACCUUUGUGUGAAGGUAGACAGAACUCCCAAGGGAACCCAGGGUGUUGUGACCAACUUUGAAAUUUUCAGAAUGAGAGAAAAGCAAGUCCCUGUUGAUGUUGUUGAAAUGAAGGAGAGCAUCAUUGCUUUUGCCUGGGAGCCCAAUGGCAGUAAAUUUGCUGUGCUGCACGGAGAAUCUCCAAGGAUAAACGUAUCAUUUUACCAUGUUAAAAACAAUGGCAAGAUCGAACUUAUCAAAAUGUUUGACAAGCAGCAGGCAAACAGCAUUUUCUGGAGUCCACAGGGACAGUUCCUUGUCUUGGCUGGACUUAGGAGCAUGAAUGGUGCUCUGGCAUUUGUUGACACAUCAGACUGCACCAUGAUGAACAUUGCAGAGCAUUACAUGGCUUCCGAUGUGGAGUGGGACCCAACAGGGAGAUACGUUGUGACUUCAGUUUCAUGGUGGAGUCAUAAGGUCGACAAUGCGUUCUGGCUAUGGACUUUCCAGGGGCGUCUUCUCCAGAAAAACAAUAAAGAUCGCUUUUGUCAGUUGCUGUGGAGGCCACGUCCACCCACACUGCUCAGCCAGGAACAGAUUAAACUCAUCAAGAAGGAUCUGAAGAAGUACUCCAAGAUCUUUGAGCAGAAGGACCGUCUGAGUCAAUCCAAGGCUUCCAAGGAAUUGGUUGACAAAAGACGCACAAUGAUGGAAGACUAUCGUAAAUACCGUGAGAGGGCUAUGCAGAUGUACCAAGAGCAGAGACCUCUUCGCCUGGAGCUCCGAGGAGGUGUGGACACAGAUGAGCUAGACAGCAAUGUUGAUGAUUGGGAGGAGGAAACAAUUGAAUUUUUUGUCACUGAAGAAGUUAUUCCUGUUGGAGAUCUGGCGUAAUCUUGUAGCAGAACUUUGCUCUUUGAAGAAAGGAGUUCAGUUGCAUAAGGAGACGUCAUCGGGAAUUUUAUUACUUUUUUGUGGGAAUUCAAUGUUCCAAUUUCCUCUGACAUUUUAGUGCCUUUUAAUAUUGGUUACUGCAGUGGGAGAAUUUUGAGCUCCUGUACAUUGCUUUUGGCACCUGUUUCAGCUUUAGUGACCCUGCUGUAAUUACAACAUACUGUCAGUCCUGCAGGUGAUAUUUAUUGUUCCUUUGACAGGUGACUGCAGAGAUUUAAGAUGUCAUCAUUUAUCAAUAACGCUUUUUACAUCUCUAAAUGGAAUAAAGGGUGUUUUGUACAGAAGACUAUCAAAAGACAGAAAAGGGUUGAACUGUAUUUUAGUGUGCUGAAACAGCACUACAGUGGGCUGUAUCCUCCUCCAUUCAGAUUACCUGAUAUUAAAUGUGCUACAGGGGAAUUAAUAAAGUAUACUUCCAAAA